AUGUUAACAAAAUAUGCGUACGUGUCUAGUUGGCCGAUUUUGGAUCGAAAACUAGGAUCGGUGACGGCCGUGGCUAUUGACGGGGCCGGUAAUGUGGUCAUAUUUCAUCGCGGAUCGCACGUCUGGAGUUUGGAGACUUUCGACCAAAAAGAUGUGUAUCAAGAUGCAGCGGGUGGUCCAAUAGCCAAUCAUACGGUGCUAAAGUUUACCCACGAUACGGGCAGUUUGCUGCAGGAAUGGGGUGCCAACCUGUUCUACAUGCCUCACGGGCUAACGAUCGAUCACGAGCAGAACUACUGGCUAACGGAUGUGGCGCUGCAUCAGGUGUUCAAGUUCGACCUGAACCAUUCGACGACCGAACCCGUGCCUAACGCUCGGAACGCUUUCGAACCGGGCAACGAUAUGUACCACUACUGCAAACCGACAGCCGUUGCGGUGUUGAAGAGUGGCGAAUUCUUCGUCGCAGACGGCUACUGCAAUGGUCGUAUCGUGAAGUACUCGCCGGAAGGUUCCCCGAUCCUGUCCUGGGGACGUAAUUCGUUCGUACUGACACGCACCUUUGACCUCGGGCCCGGACCUGUGCCGGUGAAUUUCUUUGCCGUUCCGCACGCACUAACGGUCGUACCGGAUCGUGAUCUGCUGUGCGUGGCCGAUCGGGAACAGGGUCGUGUGCAGUGUUUCCACACCGGUAAUGCGACAUUCCAUUCCCAGUACAGCAGUCCCGAGAUGGGAAGUCGAUUGUUUAGCGUAAAGUACAUAUCAUCCGACGGUGGACUCCUGUACACCAUCAAUGGGCCGGAGCUUAACCUUGUGUUCAACUCGGUGGUGCCAGUAGGAGGCUUUAUACUGGAGAUGGACAGCGGAAAGGUGGUUGGCCGCUUUCAGCCGAAUAACCCACGGCAUGCGUUCAGUAAUCCACACGAGCUGGCCGUCCUGGACGAUGGAUCGGAAGUGUACGUGGCGGAGCUGAAUCCGCAGAUGGUGCACAAGUUCCGUCUAGUCUCAGCACCACGACCAUCGGCCACAACGCCUCGACCAACGGUUGCCCGCAACGAAGCACACUGAUCGUGACAAGCCUGCUGGUGAUACUGAUGGCGCGCGUUAUUUGCGUCCGGUCCGGACAGGGAGCUUCACGAACGGACGAGAUGCCGCUACGGAACAUGGCCGUAGAUGAGGGCUAGGAGACUAAGCAACAUUCCCCAAACUGCUUCACUACAAUUCCCUUCGGCGGAAGCAUUACCUACUGCAGCACACGAUCUGUGAUCUCUAGAGGAUGGACUUGACGGACGGAGGACUUAGACCAGAAACGAGGACUGUGCAACUAGACAUAAUUAACCGUGUAGAAAAGCAGCUUUGGCGCUUUGCUUUGCAGCUUCCUAAUUCCAGGGUAUUUAAUAUUAGCUAACAGUUGUUUAUUUAAAUGUAACAAAUGGACGACGGGCCUCGGUAGGCUGGCUCGGCAGGCUAA